GCUAAGGAGCCACCAUGGCCCGCCAUGAGCCCGCCAGCCCGGUGGUGCGGCAGAUUGACCAGCAGUUCCUGAUCUGCAGCAUCUGCCUCGACCGCUACUGCAACCCCAAGGUGCUGCCCUGCCUGCACACCUUCUGCGAGAGGUGUCUGCAGAACUACAUUCCGGCCCAGAGCCUGUCCCUGUCGUGCCCCGUGUGCCGCCAGACCUCGAUCCUGCCCGAGCGGGGGGUCCCGGCGCUGCCCAACAACUUCUUCAUCACCAACCUGAUGGAGGUGCUGCAGCGGGACCCCGACCCCCGCGGGGCCCCCCCUGCACCCCUGCCUCCCGUGAUGGAGUUCUACUGCGAGCCCUGCGAGACGGCCAUGUGCCGGGAGUGCACGGAGGGGGAGCGGCGGGAGCACCGGGACCACCGCACCGUGCCGCUCCGUGACGUGCUGGAGCAGCACAAGGCAGCCCUGCAGCACCAGCUGGACGCCGUGCGCGCCAGGCUCCCCCAGCUGGCGGCAGCUGUGGGACUGGUGGCCGAGAUCAGCCGGCAGCUGGGGCAGCGCCGGGCUGAGGCUGAGGCCGAGAUCGGGAGCAGCUUCGAGGAGCUGGAGGCGGCGCUGCGGCAGCGGCGGGAGGUGCUGCUGCGUGACCUGGAGGCCACCUGUGCUGCCAAGCAGCAGGUGCUGGAGGCGCAGCUGGAGGUGCUGCGGCAGGGCCAGGAGAGCAUCCUGAGCAGCUGCGCGUUCACAGAGCAGGCGCUGCACCACGGCUCGGCCACGGAGGUGCUGCUGGUGCAGAAGCAGAUGGGCGAGCGGCUGCGGGAGCUGGCGGCGCGGCCCUUCCCCGAGCACCCGCAUGAGAACGCGCAGCUCGAGUUCCACGCCGAGCCCGAGGGGCUGCGCCGCUCCAUCCAGAACCUGGGCGCGCUGCUGACCACCAGCGCCACGGCGCACACCACGGUGGCCACGGGCGAGGGGCUGCGCCAGGCUGUGGUGGGGCAGCCCUGCUCACUCAGCGUCACCACCAAGGACAAGGACGCCCUGCGCCGCCCCGCCAGCAUGUACGGCAGCGCCAAGCGCAAGGAGAACCCCAUCGAGGACGAGCUCAUCUUCCGCGUGGGCAGCCGUGGCCGGGAGAAGGGCGAGUUCACAAACCUGCAGGGGAUCUCCACAUCCAGCGCUGGCCGCAUCGUCGUGGCCGACAGCAACAACCAGUGUGUGCAGGUGUUCAGCAAUGAGGGGCAGUUCCGGCUGCGUUUCGGGGUGCGGGGGCGUUCCCCGGGGCAGCUCCAGCGCCCCACAGGGGUCUCAGUGGACACCAACGGUGAUAUCAUUGUGGCUGACUACGACAACCGCUGGGUCAGUGUGUUCUCACCUGAGGGCAAGUUCAAGACCAAGCUGGGCGCGGGGCGGCUGAUGGGCCCCAAGGGCGUGGCCGUGGACCGCAACGGGCACAUCAUUGUGGUGGACAACAAGGCUUGCUGCGUCUUCAUCUUCCAGCCCAACGGGAAGCUGGUGGCACGCUUUGGCUCCCGUGGCACUGCUGAGCGCCAGUUUGCAGGACCCCAUUUUGUGGCUGUCAACAACAAGAAUGAGAUCGUGGUGACCGACUUCCACAACCACUCUGUGAAGGUGUACAACGCAGAGGGCGAGUUCCUGUUCAAGUUUGGGUCGCACGGGGAGGGCAACGGGCAGUUCAACGCGCCCACAGGGGUGGCCGUGGACAGCAAUGGCAACAUCAUCGUGGCUGACUGGGGCAACAGCCGCAUCCAGGUGUUCGACAGCGCGGGCUCCUUCCUGUCCUACAUCAACACGGCGGCCGACCCGCUGUACGGGCCGCAGGGGCUGGCGCUCACCUCCGACGGCCACGUCGUGGUGGCUGACUCGGGCAACCACUGCUUCAAGGCCUAUCGCUACCUGCAGUGACCGCAGGGCCGGGCGUGGCUGCGGGCAGGCUGCGGCUGCGGCUGCGGCUCGGCGGGGCCCUGCAGGGACGGUGCCCCGCGGCCUCGCUCGCCCCCCACGCGCCAUCCUGGCUUCAUGUGCACUUUAUCCCAGGGGGCGGCCGGGCCUGGGGGAUGGCAAUGGGUCCUGUGGGGUGGGGGCUGCCUGGGGGUCGUGGUCUGACCCCUCACCUUGCCCAUGGCAGGGCCAGCAUCCCGCUGCCCCGGCUGACAGGGUCCCCAAGGUGUGGGGGGUGUGAGGGGCAGGGGGAGCCGCUGGAAGGGCUGGGGGGACUGUGGGGUGGCCAGUCCAGAGCCCCAUGCCCAUUGAGGGCUGUCCCCCACCGCCCCAGCCUCUCUGCCCGGCUGUGGGGUAUCUGUGUGUGCCUGCUGCCCCACUGCACUGCUGCUCCACAGCUCUGGGGGGCUCCGGGGGUUGUGGGGCAGCUGCCGCACGCUGACAAAACUGUAUGUACAAAAU